AAGAUUUACAUACGAAAGGAUCGUCGAAAUGUUUGUGAUUGGAGUGGUGAUGGUGCUAUUGGCGGUUCUUCCAGCCGUUCUGCCGCCGCUUCCGCCGCCGCCGAUGAUAUUGAUGGGAAUUCCGGUGGUGCUGAUGCUAAUGCUUAUUUACUUAGCCAUUUAUUAUCCACCUCAUCAAGCUCAUUUUCUCUCUUCAUCUUCCUUUGACACUACUUCUAGGCAUGUAAUGUGAUGGUAGUGAGACAAUGAGUCGAUGAUCCAGAUGACUCAACUCACAUAUGUGAAUGCGUCGUCGUUUGAUGAUAAUUGUGAAUCCAUGCAGUUUCUAUAUGAUUAAAAUUUAGACCCUUUUUAUGUUUUUUCUUUUCUUUUCGUUUUAGGGUGAUUCGAGUUGGAUCGUCUGGUAAGAGUCAUUGUAAAAUUUGAAGUGUAAUUUCUAAUUUUCUAAUCAGUUGAACCAAUUCCGAUUGAUCAUUUAAUUAAGCAUACAGAUAUCAGAUAUAUUAUAU